AUGGAGUUUUCUUCUGUCGAAGAUGAUCAGGGCAAAGUGAUCGAAUUCACCCCUCAAUUCACGACAGGACUUACUCACUCCUCUAUGGUCUUCCCUUGCAAUAUCUCAUCACACUCUCGUACACAUUCGGAACUUGUCAAUGUUUUCGAUGGCCUCUGGGCAAGCUACCUUGCAGCAUGGCUGCGCACUACCUUGGGUCUGGAAGGCAAGAAACAUAGUGGGCGGAAGUAA